AUGAGGCAGCUGGAGCUUAGACAAUGGGCCAGUGCUUUUCUAGUCGACACGACGACGGCAGAGGGCCAGGCCGAGCUGCGCAACGGCCUGGGGCCGACGGCGUCGUGCACGCUUUGCCGACGCCCCCCACACGCCGGUCUGGCGCCGUCCCCGGCGCGCUCGGCACGCGGCGCGACACGCCUGCAGGCAUCAGAAGUGCUGCAGCUGCUCAGUGGGGUCAGCAGCACCCCCGUGGCCGCGCUGGGUGCGGCGGCCGAGGUCGUCGCCGAGCGGCUGGGUGUGGCCCUCUGCAGCAUCGUCGCCGUCGUCCCCGACCGGCGCAGCAGCAGCGGCAGCGCGAGCACCACCCAGCAGAGCGCUAGCCCUCAGUCGGCCGCCUGCGCGCCAGCCGCGGCCGCCGCCAGCGCCGCCAGCAGCGGCGGCGGCGGCAGCAAUGGAAGCGGCCGCCCCGGGGCCUGCGUCCUCCUGGCGGCCAGCGGCAGUGGCGCAGAGCUGCUGCAGCAGCGACCCGUGAUGCGCGGCCCCGAGUGGAGCGGCGCGCGGCUGGCAGCGGCGCCGGCGGGGGCGCUGGCCCUGCGAGUGCCGCCUGAAGGGGCGGCCUCCCAGGCCGACGCGCUCCCUCGAGAUUUUGAGGCCCUCCACGUCAGCGCGGGCCUCUGCAGCUUCCUGGCAGUGCCGAUGGCGGCCCCGGGGAUCGGCGUGCUUGGGGCCCUGAUUGUCGCGGCCGCUGCGCCGGGCGCGUUUGACGACGCGCGAUGGGAGCCGCUGCUCACGACGCUCGCGAGCGCGCUGCUGCAGCACCUGCGCAACAAGCAGACGACCUGUCUGUGCGAAAUGCUUAUCAGCCUGGAUGGCGCCGACGACCCCGUGGCUUUUGUUAGCGUGCUACUCGAGGAGGUCGUGAAGUUCACGCUCCUGGCUACCAACGUCCCCAUGGGCGCCCGAUUCGGCGCGGUGGACCCGCAGCAGCCCAGAAUGGUCCUCAUAGAGAGGGACCGACGCGUGCCCGCCCCAGCUGCCGGCGCCCUCGGCGGCGGCGCCCUCGCGCGCUCCUCACCCGCGCGCGGCCUGCUGGCCGUUGAGCUGCCGCUGUCAGAGACCCUGCUCGCCGCCGCCCUGCGCGCGCGGCGGACGCGCGUCCUGGCGGACUGCGCGCGCUACCUCGGGUCCUUGGACCGCCCCCCCGCGCGCGACGUCUUCAUGCCGCGCUCGAGGCGCCUGCCGGUGGCGUCGCUAGUCGUCGCGCCGCUCGCCUCGGGCAGCUCUGUGCUGGGCGGGCUUUACUUCACAACAGGCACCGCCUUCGACAUCUCCCAGCUCCAAGAAACCAUCAACGGCCUGGUGGCGGCCGUGCUGCCGCUGGUGCUGCAGAAGCUGGGGGGGCAGUUUGACCGGCUGCAGGACCUCGCGACGGCCUCGGCAGAGGCCUCACAGCAGGGGCCCAUCAGCGUGGCGGCCCUGGCAGGCAGCGCCGUGGGCAUAGCCGGGCCGCACUUUAUACAAGAGCUUGUUCUGAGCCGGGUCCUCAGCCGCGGGCCGGCCGGGGUGUGCUACCAGGGCUUCUACCUCAGCGCGCCGGCCGCCGUCAAGCGCGUGCGCUACACUUUGCAUGCUCCCUCCCCUGCGUAA